UAGCCCCAACCACCCACUAGAUUACCAAAUUCCCUUUAACUGUCGUUGUGUUACCUCCUUUGAACCGUUAAGCUAGCUGGUAGAAUCUGAUGACGAGCAAGCAGGGGUACCCGCGGGAAGUGACAAUUUCAAUGCCUGAGAUAGAGCAACAAUCGGAUUUCAUAAGCGAAGAGAGGAAGAAAUUGAAAUCAGCAUCGCUUGAAAUCCCAAACCGGAGAAUUGAUGUACCUCAAACAACCAAACCGCUAAUACAAAGAGUUACACCUCUCCUAAUUAGCGGUAUCAAGGAGAACUUGAAGACAUAUUUUGAACCGAGGAUGGUAGCCUUCGGCCCUUUGCAUCAUGGCAACCCGAAGUUCGAUCCGGCAGAGCGAAUGAAACGUGAAUGGGCAGCUCUCUUCAUACAGGAGAACCAAACAAGUGACAAUGCUCUAUUCCUCGAGAUUAAAGCAGAGAUACAGGACCUUAGGAAGUGUUAUAAAUGGGAGGACAUAAAAGACUACGAUGAUGAUGAGCUAGCUUGGAUGUUCCUCGUGGACGGUUGUGCGGUGUUGCAUACCGUAAAGUCCAUCGCUGACCCUAAGAAGUUAUUCAUUUCAGAAAACGUAGAUCUGUCAUUUGCGCAACUUGAUUUAUUCUUGCUAGAAAAUCAACUUCCUUACAGAGUCCUCAAGAUAUUGAUUGGCUUAACCAAAGAACCCAGAAUGUGGGAACUAUCAAUCACAAAAUACAUGAAUUGGAACCUUAUGACAAAUAUACCAAGUAGGAUACGGAGCGAACAACCGGAAGAAGAAAAAAAAAGGCAAGAUUACGCUCACCUUCUGGAGCGGUUGAGGACAGAAUUAUUCACAGGAAUAGUAGAAAAGUGUAGCAGUGGCGUGAUUGGUAAGAUGCUUUUUUGGUGCGGAGACAGCGCAAAGAAUAAAAAGCUAGUUCUGAGCAUCAAGGAUCUUAAAGAAUCAGGAAUUCAAGUGAGCCCCAACAUGACAGACAACCCUCGAAACAUUUCCUUCCAUUGCAACAUUCUGGGAAGCCUUAAGAUGCCAUGCCUUGGGUUGGAUGGGCCAGCAGCCUCCAAGUUCGUGAACUUGGUAGCUUUAGAAAUGUGUCGAGAUUUUGAUAAUGAUCAUGCCGUCUCCUCUUACUUAUGGUUCAUUUCUACUUUGCUUCAAACACCAGAAGAUGUUAAGGAGUUGCGAGUUAGAGGUGUCCUUUACAAUUUCUUCGGCAAUGAUGAAGAAGUGGUUAAUCUUUUCAAUGGGAUAAGCGAGGCCUUGACGACACCAAAUCUUCUUUUAUAUUUUGAAGUCAUGGAAAGUAUCCAAAGAUACUGCAACUCGUGGUUAAUACGUAUAUCUUCCAAAUAUUUUAGUAGAAACUGGAGUUUUCUUGCUUUUUUGGGCGCCAUAGCAGGACUUCUUCUCUCUCUUCUUCAGACUUAUUUCACCAUCAUACAGAAGAAGUAAACAUCACUAGUAUUUAAUUAGUUGGUAUGUGUGUUCAAAUUCAAUAAUAGAUUUA